AUGAGCAAUGACUAUCUGCUGGCGCGAGUCAUUCUCGCCCUCUGCACAUUGGUGGGGCUGAGUGUCGCCCAAAUCCAACCAGAAGUCACGGUGGAAGGUGGCAAACUGGUUGGAGUCACCGAGUUCUUUGAGGAGUCGGAGUUCUUGGAGAACAAGACCAUCGACGUGUUCAGGGGUAUACCGUACGCCCAGCCACCCGUGGGGCCGCUGCGUUUCAAGCCCCCGGUGACCAAAGAACCCUGGGAUGGGACGUACAACGCCACGUACUUCCGAGAUCCUUGUGUGCAAACCUUAGAGCAGGGCAAUAUACUACCUGGGCUGCCGAGUGCCAGUGAAGACUGCUUGUUUCUGAACAUCUUUACCCCAAGACCAGCAAUCAAAGGAGGCGCUGCUGUCAUGGUCUGGAUACACGGGGGUGGGUUCGUCCAAGGGUCCUCCGAUCAGUACUAUGCACAACCACUGGUCGCCUUUGGGGACGUCAUAGUCGUCACCAUCAACUACCGAUUGAACAUCUUUGGAUUUAUGACAACAGGUGACGAGGUGGUGCCAGGUAACGCAGGCCUUCUGGACCAAGUAUUUGCUCUUCAGUGGAUCAAGAAGAACAUAGCAGCCUUUGGUGGGGACAGUGAACGGGUAACUAUCUUCGGUGAGAGUGCCGGGUCGGCCAGCGUCGGUGCCCUGAUACUGUCCAAAAUGUCGCAGGGGUUAUUCCAAAACGCGAUAAUGCAGAGUGGCACAAUAUUUUCUCCGUGGGCGUUUACGGACGGAAAACGAGAUCGUCUCCGACAGGAAGCCUACGACAUGGGGAAGAGACUCGGCUGCAGUGCACCGGACAGCGCCGCUCUGGUGGAAUGUUUGAGACAGCAGGACGCGAUGGCUGUUUUUAACGCAUCACAACAGGCAUGGAUUGCGACUACCGUGCCUCCGGUGGUAGUUGAUGGGACUUUCCUGGACGAUACACCAGCCAACCUGUACGCAACCGGACGAUACAACCACGCCUCAAUCCUCCUCGGUACUAACAGCGAGGAAGGGUCCCUUUUUGUUCGAAACAACCCGCUUUUCGGUUCAGGAGCGCAGGAGGAAACACCCUUCCUGACCAAGGAGGACUUCGAUCGAGGCGUGUCUGCGGAAGUAGCCAACUUCUACCACGGUAAUUCGGAGGCUACGAACACCCUACUACUGGAUGCUAUCAAACAACAGUACGUCGACUGGUCUCAUGCGGACAACCAAACCGCCAAUUACCUGCAGUCAUACGUGAAGUAUCUCACCGAUGGCGCUUUUGUCAGCGGAACCGACCGGGUGGCGCGCUAUCACGCCCAAAGCGGCGACGACGUCUUCCUGUACCAGCUAACAAGGGUUAAUGACUUCGCGUGCCUGGGUUUCUGGCCCAAGUUUACCGUCCCCGAGCUGGAAUACAAAGAUCUCGACUUGGAUCUCGUGACCAAGAGAGCCCUCAGGAGCCGAGAAUGCCACUUAUGGAACACGUUUGUAGCCCAGCUCAUAACAAUGAUGGCUGAUGCGGACAUGGCCGAACUUGAGUGGAAGCAAUCUUUCCACAACUGGAAGUACACGGACAUGGCAGAGUGGAGGGCUCAGUUCGCCAAAUACAUGGAGGAGCUAUAA